GUUGUGUGGUGGUUGUGGGAUGGUUGUGUGGUGGUGGGAUGAUGGAAUUGUUUUCCUUUGUUUUAAAAACAAACAACAUAGUGAAUAUUGGGUAUUUUCAUUCCAGUCUCUUCCAUUCCCUUUGUCCAUUUCAUUCCGUUUACCCCGGGUGAACCAAACGACCCCUAUUAUGAAUUUCUUAUAUGCCAUGAUUUAUUUAUUUAUUUUUUUUCUUUUCAAAACAAAGAAAAACAAAAAACGGGUAAAAAUAAAACAGAAAGACGCUUUGCAAAGGGAGGAGAGAGAAAAAAGAAGGCGAAGCAAUGGCGUCGAAAGUAGAAUCACCGCCAUAUCCCAGUGCUGCUAAAAUAUCCGAUUCUUCAUGCUUCCCUCAAUACACUGCUUCCCUUAAGUGUUUGGAGCAAAAUAACUCAGAAAAGAGCAAAUGUCAAGAAUUCUUUGAUGAUUACAAGGAAUGCAAGAAGAAGGAGAGAGAAGCACGACUGGAACGCAACCGACACCGCUCUCUCUUCUCAUAAUUCCCUAGGACAGGCUGCUUUGAAAAGUGACUUUUAUAAAUUGGGAAGAAGUUGGCUAGCCUCAUAGCAAAAUACAGAUGCCCUAAUCAAUUGAUGUUUUAAAUUUUUUUCUUAUUUAUUGUGUAAUAUAGUAUAUAGCUCCACGUUCAGGAUUAAGGAUCUAUGAACGUAACCUCUUUGCUGUUGUAGGGUUGAAACUGUGCAAGUAUGAGCCUUUAAAUGGCUAUAUCCCAAUAUGCGGGAUUCUCUUAGUAGGCACUUUCUGUGUAAAAAAAAAGGGGGAAUUAUAUUAUUGUUGUACUCAAAGAAUACAAUUCUUUCCCUUUGUAGGAGUUUAAUUUCAUGUUCAGGUUGAGUAAAACUCCUUCAGGUUCAGGAACCAGUUUUAGUUACAGUACUUCACUGAUAUUCUGACGAAAAGUGAAAAUGUGAGACAAGAUCACUCAAAUUCUAAGUAGUAAUGUCAGUAAACUAGUAAAGUUUGAAAAAUAAACCACUUUUACAUUCCUUUGAUCAAGUAGUAAUGUCAGUAAACUAGUAAAGUUUGAAAAACAAACCACUUUUACAUUCCUUUGAUCAACAGGAUUCCAAGUCCUUGUCCUUUCUCCCCAAACUUCAAGUACCUCAGCUCAAUCUCAAGUUGAAGCCUGCCAUAAACAUCAAGUACUACGCUGCUGUGUUAGCAGAUGUUUCAUGACCGGGCAAAAUCUGUGGUACUCAUUAUCAAGUUUUCUUGAUCAAAUUUCAGGGCAAGGUCUUCCUUAUUGAUGCUUCUGAUCUUAUCGCCUUUACAAGUUUUUCUUGUAAAAAGCCAUCUCUAUCAUCCUUGUUCUUUCCAAGUUUCCAUAGCAGCACGUAACAUACAGUAUAUUCAUAAUAUCCGAAUGCUCAUUCCACACCACAAUCCACAAUAAACGUCAUAGUCCCACCAUGAUAUGAUAAGAUAUUCGAUUACUUAACGAAGAAUUUGGGGAAAGAUGAACAACUUUUGUUUGUGACAGUUACAACUUCAAGUUUCUUUGGGACAUUGUACAGUAGAAUUCACAUUUUUGCAAGUACACGGUAUAUUCAUUAUAUCCUCAGUUGAGAAAA